ACGAAUUAGGUGAAUCUGUUCCACCUCAAGCAAAUGUUUGUGAAAUUAAAAAAAUAAUUCAAACUAGUAAACAUUAUGAGGUUGAGGAUGUAAAGAUGUGUUUGACUCGUAUAACGGAGGAGAGAAUUAGGCGAGAAGAACUUGAAAAACAAGAACGGCGAGAAGAACUUGAAAGACAAGAACGGCGAGAAGAACUUGAACGGCAACAUCAAUUGGAAAUGCGUAGACUCGAAUUAGAAGCAAAUUCUCAAAUUCAGCACCAAAACAGACCUGUAUCACGUGAAACAAAUCAUAAAAUACAGAUUUUACAAAUAACUCCAAAAUUCAAUGAAGGUAAAGAUGAAAUGUCGUUGUAUCUGAUAAAUUUUGAACGUCGAGCAGAAAUUGCACGAAUUCCUAAAGAUGAAUGGGUGCCUUACCUAUUGAACGUAGUACCACCCGACAUUUCAAAUAUGUUGGCGAGAGAGUCUCCUAAUGAUGCCAAUAACUACGACUUUGUAAAAGAAUUGAUUCUUAAACAAUAUAAGCUUAAUGCAAAGGAACUCAAACAAAAUUUUUAUCGACAUUUUAAAUCACCUGAAAAAUCUUGGCGAAAUUUUGCACAAGAAUUAAAUUGCUAUUUUAGCGAAUGGGUUUCUGAAGUAAAAAUUACCACUUUCGAUGAUCUUAAGAGUUUGAUGGUUACCGAGCAAAUGAAACGUCAUGUACCAAAUGACAUGAGAGAUCAUUUUCUUGAAGAUUGGAUGGAAUUGAAUUCUUAUUCCAAAUUAGCCGGAAAAUUGGACGACUAUGAAAGUUUAAAAAACAGUUUCAAGGAAAAGUCUGUGUCUUAUAAUCGAAGUAACCAAGAUGAUUCUUGGCGAUCUCUGAACCAAAGUGAUACCAGAACUGAAGAAAAGUUGACUUGGCAGAAAAAUAAUGUUAAAGAAAAUGUUCGCGAAAGAGAAUUUGAAAGAAGAAGACAGCUUAGAUGCUAUGAAUGUGGUUCUUAUGAUCAUCUACGCCCUCAAUGUCCCAAGGCGAAAACAAAUUCUGAAACUGUGGCUUCGCUUCACGUUUCGGAAUCAAGGUUUCCUGAUAGUAUAAUGACACCAUAUACGAGCAUUGGCGUGGUAAAUGGCGUUGGCAUUUCAAUACUACGAGACACUGGCGCAACCUUGGAUUUAAUUCCUAGGAGAUUUGUAAAACCUGAAAUGUACACGGGUGAAUCUGUUUGGAUAAAAACUCCAAUACAGGAAGAAUCAUUUUGUUUUCCAUUAGCCGAAGUUGAAUUAAACUGUAAGUUAGGAAAAGUGGUUACUAAGGCAGCUGUAUUAGGUGAUUCUCUUGAUAAAGGGUAUUAUUUAUUGGGUAACAAAACGGCUGCUCUAUUGGAAAAUUCGUUUGAAGUCCCAAUGAUAAGUGCUGUAAUGACUCGAAAACAAGAAAAUAUGAAUGAAAGGAGGGAAGUGGAAAAUAAAGAUAAUGUACAGCUCGGUAUAGUCGAUUCCAAUGAACACAUCGUUACUUCUGAUCAAACGGCGAAAAACGAUGACUUACUCACUGAAAAGAUUCGUGACUACAAUUUUACUGUUUAUUUUCCUGUUUAUUUUCCUUUACUGUUUUAUUUUCCUAUAUACCGAUAAACAAAACAGUUUUAUGUCAACCUAUAUAGAUCAGUUUUGACAAAAUUUUAUGUAUGUUUUUUUGCCAUUUCCUACUUUUGCAAAGAAAACUCUGUGGAAGGGAGGAGUUAGACUGUAACGUAACAGUGUGACAACUGAGCUAAAAGCAUCAAUUCCUCGAGAGGGAAGGCUAAAA